AGAAAGAAACAAAGCAAUGGCUUCUUCCCCUAGGAUGGGGAGAACGCCCCUUCUCGUUUAUGCUCUUGCCUUUACUGUCUUGGCUGCAACCAUCGCAGCCUCUAAUCCAUACACUUAUUCUUCUCCAUCAUCACCCGAAUACUCACCUUCGCCCAAGGAAAGUUAUGAAUCUCCUCCACCUCCUUACGCUUACAGUUCUCCACCGCCUCUACCAUACUACUCGCCUGCUCCUAAGGCAGAGUAUAAGUCGCCACCACCACUAUACAUCUACAAAUCUCCUCCUCCACCGCCAUACUACUCACCUUCACCCAAGGUUGAGUAUAAAUCUCCUCCACCACCGCCAUACUACUCACCUUCGCCAAAGGUUGAGUACAAGUCUCCUCCACCCCCGUACGUUUACAAUUCUCCACCACCACCUUUUUACUCACCUUCACCCAAGGUUGAGUACAAAACUCCUCCACCCCCAUAUGGUUACAGUUCUCCACCACCACCGCCUUACUACUCACCUUCACCCAAGGUUGAGUAUAAAUCUCCUCCACCCCCAUACGUUUAUAGUUCUCCACCACCACCGCCUUAUUACUCACCUUCACUCAAGGUUGAGUACAGAUCUCCUCCACCACCGCCGUACUACUCACCUUCACCAAAGGUUGCGUACAAGUCUCCUCCACCCUCGUACGUUUAUAGUUCUCCACCACCACCACCUUCUUACUCAUCUUCACCCAAGGUUGAGUACAAAACUCCUCCACCCCCAUACGGUUACAGUUCUCCACCACCACCACCUUACUACUCACCUUCACCCAAGGUUGAGUAUAAAUCUCCUCCACCCCCAUACGUUUACAAUUCUCCACCACCACCACCUUAUUACUCACCUUCACCCAAGGUUGAGUACAAGUCUCCUCCACCUCCAUACAUUUACAAGUCUCCACCACCACCGCCUUAUGACUCACCUUCACCCAAAGUUGAGUACAAAUCUCCUCCACCCCCAUACGUUUACAGUUCUCCACAACCACCGCCUUACUACUCACUUUCACCCAACGUUGAGUACAAAUCUCCUCCACCUCCGUACGUUUACAGUUCUCCUCCACCACCGUCAUACUACUCACCAUCGCCAAAGGUUGAGUAUAAGUCACCUCCACCCCCGUACGUUUACAGUUCUCCACCACCACCACCUUACUACUCACCUUCACCCAAGGUUGAGUACAAGUCUCCACCACCGCCAUAUGUCUACAAAUCUCCUCCACCACCGCUGUACUACUCACCUUCGCCAAAGAUUGAGUACAAGUCUCCUCCACCCCCAUACGUUUACAGUUCUCCACCACCACCGCCUUACUACUCACCUUCUCCAAAGGUAGAGUACAAGUCUCCACCACCACCAUACGUCUACAAAUCUCCCCCACCACCGUCAUACUACUCACCUUCGCCAAAGGUUGAGUACAAGUCUCCUCCACCCCCGUACGUUUAUAGUUCUCCCCCACCACCGCCUUACUAUUCACCUUCUCCAAAGGUAGAGUACAAUUCUCCACCACCGCCAUAUAUCUACAAGUCUCCUCCACCCCCGUACAUUUAUAGUUCUCCACCACCACCGCCUUACUACUCACCUUCACCUAACGUUGAGUACAAGUCUCCACAAUCGCCAUAUGUCUACAAAUCUCCUCCACCUCCGCCGUCCUACUCACCUUCGCCAAAGGUUGAGUACAAGUCUCCUCCACCCUCAUACGUUUACAGUUCUCCACCACCACCACCUUACUACUCACCUUCACCCAAGAUUGAGUACAAAUCUUCUUCACCCCCAUAUGUUUACAGUUCUCCGCCUCCACCGCCAUACUACUCACCUUCUCCUAAGGUUGAGUACAAGUCUCCUCCAUCCUCAUACGUUUACAAUUCUCCACCACCACCACCAUACUACUCACCUUCACCCAAGGUUUAUUACAAGUCUCCACCUUCCCAUUACGUUUACAGCUCCCCCCCUCCACCACCAUAUUAUUCUCCUUCCCCAAAAGUCCACUAUAAAUCGCCAUCAUACCCACACGUUUGUGUUUGUCCCCCACCUCCACCAUGUUACUCUCCAUCUCCGAAAAUUGCAUACAAGUCUCCACCAUCAUAUGUAUACAAAUCUCCCCCUCCACCACCAUAUUAUUCUCCUUCUCCCAAGCCAGAGUACAAAUCUCAUCGACAUCCAUACAAGUAUAGCUCUCCACCUCCUCCACCGUAUUACUCACCAUCUCCAAAGGUUGAGUACAAAUCUCCUCCUCCACCAUAUGUAUACACUUCUCCACCACCUCCACCUUACUAUUCGCCAGUCCCUAAAGUCGAGAACAAGUCUCCUCCACCCCCAUACGUCUAUACAUCACCACCUCCACCGUCAUAUUACUCUCAUUCUCCAAAGACUGAGUACAAAUCUCCUACACCCUCGUACUAUUAAAGCCCACUAAAUACAACUAAUAUUUGAUCCAUGAGAUUUCAUUGAAGUAAUAUUGUUCGAAUCCCUCUUAAUUUCUAUGAAUUAUAAAUUCGGUUGGUCAGAUUACCAAUUUGUUAGUCUUUAUAUGACUAUCUUUCACAUUUCGAAUGUACGAAGUCUAUAUGCUUUGUUGUUAUUCGUCUUUGGUGUUCCUCUUGGUAUUCUUCAAUUUGGUGUAUUGAAUAAGCAUGUAAUCUUCUUGUUCGUGGACUCCAUGAAUUUCAUUAUUAUUGAUGGAAUGAUAAAAUUGGUUUUAUGAA